AUGGUUAUGAAAGCUUUGGUAGAAGAUGGUGAUUCAGGAUGGGAACUCAGUAUACCUGACAAGAUGAAAAAGAGUAAUACAAGCUGGAUAGAUAUAACUCAGGAUUUUGAAGAGCCUUGUAGAGAACUGAAAUUAGGAGAACUCCUUCGUGACAAGCUUUUUGGCCUUUUUGAAGACAUCUCUACAAUUGAAAUGAUGGGUCCCAAGAUGGAUGCUGGUAUGAUUGGAAACCAAGUUAAUAGAAAGGUUAUUAACUUUGAGCAAGCUAUCAAGGAUGGGACCAUUAAAAUAAAGGAUCUGGCUUUACCUAAGUUGAUAGGAAUAAUGGAUACAUGUUGUUUGAUAAGAAUUAAACUUCUCUUAAUGUUUAAUGUUUAUGCUUCCAAAAUGCAAUCCCUUAACCCAAUAACAUGGUUAGAGGGGCAUUCCUUGGCACAGACGGUAUUCACUUGCCUUUAUAUUCAUAAUCCAGACUUCAUAGAAAAUCCUGCUAUGAAGGCUUUUGCUCUGGGUAUCCUAAAAAUCUGUGAUAUUGCCAGAGAAAAAGUUAACAAAGCAGCUGUUUUUGAGGAGGAAGUCUUUCAGUCGAUGAUUUAUGGAUUUAAAAUGGCUAACAGCGUGACAGUUCUUAGAGUUACAGGUAUGCUAAAAGAUGUGGAAGAUGACUGUUAG